AUGGUUCGAGUUACCGAUGAGCUGGCAUUGACGCCAGGAAAUGUCACUCUUUACUACGCUUACGACUCUCUGCUGGGGGACCUCCCUUUCUUGAUCUUCCACGGUCCAUCUACUACCGCCAACUUCACACACAACUCCUCGCGCAUCCAGAUACAUAUCUUCAGUCCUGCUGGCUUGCAGUCGUACCCGCGCAUAACCAUCUCCCCAAAUUCUCCCUUCUAUGGUGUGGUCAGCCACUUACCUCGCGAGUGCCAAGGCGAUGAGACAUCGAGGGGACUCGCCUUUGGCCUCUUCAAGUACUUCACUGAGCUGCCCGAGGCCGUCAAAGGUCACCUGAGGAAGCAGUAUCCCGCCACGAAAGGGAGCCGCCCUGGCUCAGCCCCUGCCUUGUUCAGCGAACAACAUGCAGCUAAUCUUGCCCAGCGCAUGGAGACGUCAGACAACACAACAGAGGUGAUCAAUUCUUUGCAAUCAGCUCUGCGGACCCAGCACAUCAGCAAUGUCGACAUUGACCUUGUGUUACCGCCCGGCUCCAUCACCCAACUCAACAACGCCGAGUUAGAGGAGGUACCUGAGGACGAGGACGAUUUGAUAGACCCAACGCUUCGCCAAUAUGGCAGUUACACGCCAUUGGUCAGGCUCUGGGGUGAGCCUGUGUUUUUGCCGACAUCCAGGUUGAGGAGAGCCCCAUCAAAACCGACCUCGCUGAACAGAGGCAAGUCCUUCUCGAAAGACCAGAAGGAAGACCUACGGAUGAAAUUAGUCGAGCUUGUCGAGACGGAAGAGCGCUAUGUCGCAAAGUUGAACGAGCUUGUCAAGCACAUCGCGGAUGACUUUCGCCAGACUGCCAAAGGUCGCCCGCCAGGCAGCCUCAGCCCGACCGAGGAGGACGUCGAUAGGCUUUUCCCGAAGUCUGCUGACUCCAUUUUGGAGCUCAACUCUGCGUUCGUACAAGAACUCCGCAGGGUCAUGGACGAUACUGAGGAAGACGCGACAAGGGACUUGGAAUCAUCUCAAGGGAGUACCCGGGCAGGCGGUUCUGUGAGGGUGAAGGACCCAAGUGGUGCUCUCGCUGUAGCGAGGCUCUUCGUCGAAUGGUUCCCAAAGUUUACUGAGAGCUAUCAAGAUUACAUUCGGGCGAGCCAGCACUUUCCACAACUCCUGAACAGCUUCUUGGAUAAGCAGUCCAGCUUCCGGCAAAGGGUCGCCCAAAAAGGAGAACAGACAGUCCGCUCCAUAUUAAUCGAGCCUGUGCAGCGCCUGCCUCGGUACAGCCUUCUCAUCGAUCAGAUCGUGGGCUGCAUACCCAUAACACAUCCUGCCCUGCAGCUUAUGCUCAGAGCCAGAGACAUCAUCACCAACAUCUGCUCCAUGGACGAACCGUUGGUAGACAAGCCACAUGUGACGGGCCGUCUUCGAAGCAUGAUCGAAAACUGGCCACUUGAUCUUGAACCACAAGGUCGAUUAAUUACAGCAAUCGACCUUGCCCAGCUUGCGCCACCUUUCAACGCUGAAUCCCCCCAGCUAAACGACCUCGGCAACAUCCUUCUGCUUUUCUCCGAUUGUGUCGCUGUGGUCAGCAAGAAGUCCAGCUCCAGUCCCACGGGCAAAGAGCUGAUCAGGGAGAUCGACAAGCCCUCUGCGGCUGGGCUGCUCGCGUCAAUGACUAAUGCGGCGGGUGGCGAGGGAUCUUAUGAGCUUGCCUUUGUGGGAUGGCACAAUCUCGCCGAUGUUCGAUUUACAGAGUCUGAUGACGGUCGGUUGUUGUGGAUGACAUCUACCCAGGAGAUGAAGGCAGCCCAGACCAGCGAAGGUGCAAGCAAGGCCAUAACCGCUCAGUGUUACUUACUCCAUGAAGCUUAUGAGGGCAAGGCCGCCAAACUAAGCGAGGAAAUCGUCAAGGCCCGCAUCGAAGGUCGAUUCUCGGAAGCAGAACGUGAGACGCCUGUCUGGACGCUCCGAUCCGUAAGGCUGCCGGAGAACAACCUCGGCAUGCAUGCCGCAGUGUUUCAGGAAGCUGCAGAACAACUUGUCGAAGGCCGCAGGGAACCUGCUCCCAUUCGAAUCGUGGUCGAUAACGAGAAAGGCACUAAGGGGCAUCCAGUUGGGCAUUAUGGAGUCGAAAUCGUGACGGAGGUUCGAAGUGGAAACUUGAAGCGCCUGCGCAUGACUACGCUGGGCCUGAAUGGCAAGCAAUAUGCUGAUGAUGUUGCUCUGGAAGACCUGUUGCCUACUCUUUCCAGACGAAUCAUUCAACUGCUCAGCACUCAGUUCAGUGUCGCCAACUAUCGGCUGGCUCCGGCCAUAGUGUCCUACUACUCUAAGAUUGCGAGGACUCUCAUCUUCGGCUCGAGAGAGCAGAAAACGAGAUCCUUAUUCAACUCAUCUCCUGUCAAGAUGCUGUCGAGUUUCCUUAGUGGUAGCACGUCUGAUGUUACUUCGACGAGCCCACCUAAACAGCAUCGUGCUGGUCUGCUCAGCCCUCCGCCACUAAUUGCCCGAGCAGGCAGUUCUAAAGAAUCACUCGUGGACUCCAUAAGAAGUCGAACCAGCCGGGAUACUAUUGGUCUUCCCGGCGAUGAUGAACGGCCUGACAACCCUCUUGUGCGACUCGAGCAAACUUUCACUGGUUACGUCGCGGUUCUGCAAUCACGGAAAGGUCAUUUCAUCGGUCACCUACUGAUAAACCGAUCAACGGCUGAUGAGCUGACUGUCAAUGACUUGUACAACCGUUUGAUUGAGAGCCCUUUCGACUUAGAGUCGUCUUCCGAAGUCAGUGCGGAAACCGUCUUCGUGGCCUUUGAGAAGUUUGUGCGCAUUGCAUGGCGAGAACAAAUGGGACCUGUCAUGUCCACCCAGCACUUAGACUUGCUCCUCGAGCGAGCAAGUAGGAAAGUUCCUGGUGAAUUUGGCGACUUCGUCCGAUAUCUCUUUAACGAGAUGGCGCCGCAAAACCGAAGGGCCUUCACCGCGCUGAUCAAGCUUCUUGAGGAUUUGCUCGAGGGUUGUAGCAACGACAGUGAUCGCGGUGCUUUGACUGUCGCCUUCGCGGAGCUCCUGGUCGACGAUGGCAGCGCCCAAAACUACAUCAAUCUUCUCGAUCGCCUUGUCGAAGAUUGUGACCGAAUAUUCGAGGACCCUCUGGCCGCGCUCACCAGCUCCUUUGAGCGCACACUGGCAUACGAGUCCCUCAACUCGAACUCGAACUACCAUAGCUACAAGUCUAGUGGCUCUCUGACGUCCAACACAUCCUCUCUUCGACGGAAGUUUGGCUUCGAUAAUCUCCUCAGACAGAACAGCAAGACCGAAGGUGAUCGUCCUUCGGUGUGGCGCACCUUGAGCAAACAUGGAAGACACCCAGCGACAGGAGACAGCUCUAGUCUUGGCAGGUCUGCAAUCAACCGGUCAAAGUCGAUUGAUGUUGGUGUGCCUACAAUACCAAACAAGCUUAGACGGCCAGGUUCACGCGAUAGGCCGCGUGUUGCUGGCGCGUUUGAUGACAUGAGCGUACGGCCACCAAACACGCAUCGUCCGGGAAGCUCCCACCGUCUUGAAUCUGGCUUGGAAACAAUCGGUGAACCAGAGACUGAGCUCCUUGAGCCACCCAGAUCUCCGAAGAAGAAGCGCAGGAGCUCACUUUCAGACCUCAAGAACCUCAUGGAGAUUACCACCACGGAAGCACCGCCACCCAUGCCCCUGAACGUGACGAAGAAGACUUCCGAAAAGGUCAAUGCCGCACCUCCUCGCAUUCCAGUGCCUUCGUCCAAAAUACCACUGAGCCCUACCAAGUCAAAACCAAGCCCACCGCCAACCAGCAAACUCCCAACAACGCCUCAAUCUCAAAGCCUCCGUUCGCCACGCCAGAAGGAAAACCCUGCCCACGAACCAUUCCAAAGCAUGUUCUCCACUCCUCAACCUCCGUCGUCAGGUUCCUCAUUACGCAGAAAACACGCAAAGACGCUGUCAUCAUCAAAUAUUCCGUCCCUCAGACCAUCUCGUCUCCCCAUGGCUGGCGUCUUCAGUCCAACAACCACCGACUUUUCUCGUUCGACCAACAGCGUGGGCAGGUCUUCAACCCAGAGAUUGAAACUGCAGUCUCCGCAAAAGCUCAGGGAGCGGCUGGAAUCGGAGAAGAAGGCGAUAGAAGACGUUGACUCCGGCCUAAAGACGGAGCUAUCUCGCAUAUCGGCAGACAUGGCUCGAGUAAACAACACGAUGCCGCGCUCCGCCACCAAUGACCUGCGCAAGCUGUCAGCCUCUAUGAAAGCGCUGGACGACCGGAUACCGCAGGUGCUGCAGGAGCUGGAUGAGCGGCAGAGGGCUAUCAAGGAGGACUUGGAAGCGUCGCUCAAGGCCAGCGAGGCCAAGGUCAAGGCCAUCGACCAGCUGUACAAGGAGGCUACGGCAGAAAAUGAGCUGCUGUACGAGAAGUUUCACUCGGAGCUCGGCAAGAUCGUCAAGGCCAUCAAGGGCAAGGGCCGCGAGGACAGGGAGGAGCUCGUGGGCAAGCUCAAGGACUCGAGCGAGGAGACUGCUUACGUCAAGAAGGAGAACGCCAGGCUCAGGAGGGAGAUUGUCAGCCUCCGUUCAUUACUCAAGGGCGGUACAAGCAGGGAUGACUGA